UUAAAUGUCAACUGUGUCAAAAGAAGUGUGGCUUGUUGACAGAAAUUGUUCAACAGUUAAUUAAUAUUGAAAUUCCAGUUUAAUAUCAAUGGAAUAUGUUUAAAAAUGGUGGUGGUUUAAAAUCUGGGUGGUAAAAAUGUUUUACCAUUUCCACUUCAAGAAUAAUUAAUUAUUUUUUAUACUAUUAAAGAAACAGUGAGGUUGAAAGUUGAACGUGCGUGUUGAUAUCAAACAAACCAAAAUGGAUAAAUUGUUGUAUAUAUUUUCGUUAAUAAGAUUUUUUGUAUAAUGCCAAUAUUUACCAUAAACAAUGACCAAAACAUAAGGCGAGUUUACCCGAAAAUGUCCGAGGAUUUCUCUCAGCAAAAUAAUGCAAAAUUAACGAAUUCAGUUGACGCUAUCGAAUAUUUUGACGAAAUAAACGCGCACAAACACACUGAAGAAGAAAUUGACGACACAAACAUCCCGUAUGAUCACAUGUACGCGUCCAAUAACGAAAACAUAGAAUCCAAUUCCUCCAACUGUCACAAUACCGACGAAAGUGAGGUUAAGUUUUUGAAAGAGUGGUUAAUUUUACAUCUCGAUCUUAUACAACAGCAAAACGAUGAGAUCCUAGACAAGGAGAAAACCAUUCUCAUACUCAAAAAAGAAAAUGAAAUGCUUAAAGAGCGGAUUAACUGUAUGGAAAAUGGUCAACCCUUCAAGUCAAACAAUGAUUUUAACAAUAAAUCCGAAGGAAAAUACAUAGAGGAAAACUUCUCUGAAGCUAUGACCCAGGACUCUGCUCCAUACACAGAAGAUUCAAAGCAAAACGUUGAUUUACUUCAACUUCACACAAUUUGUGAUAUUCCCCAUGAAAAUUCUGUUGAAUUGGAACCAUUAAAAUUUGAGGAUAAACUAAGUGACACAGAAUCUUUAACUAAAGAAAACGAGUUGAGUAUUGUUCAGAAAGAAGACAUUGUUGGUGAGAGUGAAAAAGUGGAUAAUAGUGAACAAGUAGAGGUUGAGUGCGAAAACUUUACCUUCGAGAACUGCAGUGAUUUUGAUCCUAUGAGAAACUUAAAAAUGAGCAUUCGAAGGAAACGGGUUUACAGUAACUCUUCCGCGUUUUCCAAUAACGAUUCCUUGAAUGACGACAAAAGGUUGUUCAGGAAAUUAAAAAAAAAACGCAGACGUUUUACAAAAGAUACCCAAGUGAUUUCCACACCACAGCCAUAUAUUACUCAGGCAGGAGAAACUAUACCAAAUGUAGCACAAAUUAAUGAUAUGCCAGAUAAUUCUGCUAAUUUAGAGGUCCCUAGAUGGCGAAUAAAGCACUACGUGAGCUGCUACACGAUGGAGGGCACGGAAAACAUGGACGACGAAGUGUACAACAAGCGUCACAUGCGGCUGGAGAACGACGAGAGACGGAGAAAACGUUGGGACGUGCAGCGUAUCAGGGAGCAAAGGGUCGUCGAAAAACUCAAGCUGAGACAGGAGAGGGUGGGUUCGGGUUCGAGGAUGGAGGAACCGAACGAAAUUUUCCACUCGCUCUGGCCGCAAACGGAGGACGUUAAGUUCUUGGAGGUGUCGGACGAGCUGCCCGUCUCCGCUUUCGGCUCUCCCAUACCGAAAAUUCAUUCCGGUGAUGACACGCAAUCAUGGACAUUAUCCGCGACCGAGUUCAACAAUGUGGAAUCUUCAAAUGAUUUUAGCCUUCCCUGGUUAACCAACCCAUCGCUAGCUACGAAACCAGCGAAUAACAAACGAUCUGCAGUCAAAAGAAAAUGCUCAAAGAGAUAAAUUUCGCUGUAUUGUAACAACCCUUGAAAACGUACCUGCUAGAGGUCUAUUUACUUCAUAAUGUACAUAAUUUUCUUAAAUUUUACCACUUUAGUAUUUGAUCUCUAAAAAUUAUAAUUUUUUAAAUUUUUCUUCAAAUUUAAAUUUAUUUUCACAGAAGUAGUUUUUUAAGUUCAUGACAAGUAGUAUUUAUUUUUCCUAAGAUAACCCUUGGAUCAAUUAAAUUUUGUGUAGUUUAUUUAAGUAUUAGGUUUUGUCUAUACUAGAGUAUAAGUCUAAAAUGUCUCCUAAUACAAUCUUAAAUUGGACUGUACAGAGUGUGAAU